CAGCGGAAUGAGUCUGCCACGGAGUCAUCAAAUAUACAGCUAAAACUAGAGGAUAUCAGCCUCGAAAUAAAACCACUGAAAUAAAACCCCACUCGCAAGAUAUAAAUCCAGAACAAGACAAUCAUCAUCAACACCACCCCCGCAUUUCUACUACACUACAAAAAAGCCUACAACAUGGCAACCCUCGCCCCACCUCCAACAUCAGCAUCCCCACCAACCCCAGGCCCAGGCCUAAACGGCUGGCACCCCGGCGAAACAGCGCUCCACGCCAAACUCUCCUUCCCAGCUGCCCUCGCCACACGCUACACCGCAAUCGAGAACCAGCUCCGCGAGCAGCACCGCAUCUUCCACACUUCGAAUCUCCCAUUCAUCCCACUGACGGUCAUUGAUGAGCUGGGGAGACCCUGGGCGGGGAUCGCGGCGGGGAGGGAUGGGGAGAUUGGGUUUGUUACUGCGCCGAGCUUGAAGAGGCUGGUUGUUAAAGGUUGUGCGUGGGUGGGGGAUCCGCUUUUUGAGGCUUUGAAUGGAAAGAAGGGCUUAGAGGGGGUGAAUGAGAGGGCGCUGACGGCGGGGUUGGGGAUUGAGUUCACUACGAGGAGGAGGAAUAAGUUUGCUGGGUUCAUGAGGGAUGUUCGGACUUUUCCUGAGUUGGAGGGCAAGAGCGAGUAUGAGAUUGGGAUUGAGGUCAACGAGGCUCAACUGCCCCAAAUACAUCAACACGCGCACUCUGGACGCCUACCCUAACACAUCCCCGGAGAUCAUCUAUGACGUCCCUCACAUGCCAUUCAACACCCGCCUCCCGGACCGGGCCAUCAACAUGAUCAAAGCAGCAGACACAGUUUUCAUCGCAACCCUCUACACAUCGACUCCAAACACCACAUCGAUAUUCCCCUCGCACGCGGGCAUGAACGCGCGCGGCGGUCUACCAGGCUUCAUCCGAGUUAGCCCCAGCACCGGCCGAACAGUCGUGCUCCCGGACUACUCUGGGAACCGAUUCAUGUCGAGUCUGGGCAACAUAGAGGCCAAUGGCGUAGCAGGGUUCACGAUUGUGGAUUUCGAAUCGGGGGAUGUCCUCUAUCUUACGGGGACAGCGAGGAAUCUUAUUGGGGAUGACGCGCGAGAGGUCAUGAGUCGGCAUGCAAGUGUAACUGUUCUUGAGACGACGGGGUACACACUCGUCAGCGGGGCUUUGCCUGUUAGGCAGCGUCCGGGGUCGAAGGUCGGGAGGAGCCCGUAUAGUCCCAAGGUUCGGUAUCUGGUUGAAGAGGCCGAGAGUGAAAUGGGCGGAUCGAUAGCGCAUACAGCACGGCUCGAAAACGCGACGAACCUCUCCGAGGACCUCGCCGUAUUCCGCUUCAGGGUCUUCUCGAAACCCGGUGCAGCAGCACUACGCAUCCGACCCGGCCAAGCGAUCGUCCUCGACUUCAUGGACUGGCUCGGUCCACCGCAGUAUCAACACAUGGCUGAUUCGGCACCGGGUUCGAUAAACGAUGAUCGGGUUCGCACCUGGACUGUUUCGAGUUCGCAUGAGAAGGGGGAUAUCUCGUGGUUUGAGUUGACGAUGCGCGAGAUGAAAGGGGGUGCAGUUACGGGGGCUUUGUUUGAUAUCUUGCGGAAGCAGGCUGUUGGCAAAAUUGGAAGCCGUGUUCCCAUUGAUAUUGCACGCCCAGUUGUCGUGGAUAUUGUUGGGGUCUCGGGGGAUUUUACUACUGGUCAGACUCAGAUCGAUGCGCUCUGGGUCGCGGGGGGUAUCGGAAUCACGCCCUUUCUGGCUAUGCUGGAUGCGUUGGCUAAACGUAAUGAGGUGACAGGGGAUAUAAAGCUUGCAAUUUCCACCAGAGAGCCGGAUAUCAUGUUUGGUCUGGUGAGGGAUUCUUUUGAGAGCUUGCCGGAGACCGUUAGGGUUACGAUUGACCUCUUCACGCGCAGUCCGGUCAAUGCCAGCCUUGCAGAGUUGCAAGGUCCCAACCGACAAAUAGGUCUACACAACGGCCGGAUUGGGCCAGAGUAUUGGUUGACUAUCUCGAAAGACAAGGACGUCUUGAUAUGUGGCCCGAACGAGUUUGGGGACGCAGCUGUGGAAGGGCUGCAAGCGGUUGGGAUACCCAAUGAGAAGAUCCAGAGGGAGGGAUUCUAUUAGUAUAUUGAUAAUUCAAAUUUCUUUGUUAAUGCUUUUCGAUAACCUGCUUUUGAAUCAUAGUUAUUAUGAAACCCCAUGAUCAAUUCGCGAGACCCCGUCCAACACCCCUUCAGCAUAAUCAAGUGAGAACCUUGGCCCAGUGAUAGGAUCCGCCAGCGCCCGAUCCAUGUCGAAGAGAUCCAACUCAACCUCGUUGCUGC